UCUAAUUGUUUAGAAAGUUUCUAGUGUUGAUAACGAUAAUAUUGCCCAUCACCAUUUAAACAUUCAUUUAACUGUUAGUUUGUUACGAGUGAACAUUAACCUGUUUCAAGAUGGAAGAUCAAUUGAUAUCAUUAGAUGAAAAUAUGAAAGUUACAAUUGUGAACCGAAAAAAAUCUUAUGAGAUUUCUAAACAAAAGUUAUCAUCGAUUCCUUACUUUGUGAAACUAUUUUCCAAUUCUAAUUGUGAUACAACCAAAAUAGAACUUGAUCUUGAUGAAAGUUCAUUUGAUAAUAUUAUCGAGUUUAUUCUGGAUGGUCAACUAUCGAUUUCCAUUGAAAGUGCCUCAUCUAUGGUAGAAACUUGUGACUAUCUCGGAAUGGACGAAAUUAAGCGAAAAUAUUAUGAUUGCUUUGAAUCGAAUUUCAGAAUCAAACAUUUGGAAGAGUUUUUAGACUUUUAUGAAAAUCAUAAAUGUCUUGGAAAGAUUAAUGAAGUUAAAUUGAAAUCUUUCAUUGGGAAAUAUUUCGUUCCAAUUUCCAAUACGAGAGCUUUUCAGAAAUUUCCAGUUACUCUAUUGGAACGCUUGUUGAAAAUGAAUUUGGGUGUUUCUUCGGAGCUUCAAAUUUUCGGUGGCAUUUUUCGUUGGUUCAGUUUUGAUAAAAAGGCUCGAAAACAAUAUCUACCUCAACUCAUGAAAUUUGUAAAUUUUUGUCGUAUGAAUGAUGCUGAGAUUACAACUUGCGGAAUCAUGUUUAAAGAUUCUGGAUACAAUUCUAAUCUUCGACAAGGAAAGAAGCCUCGUGCUUAUCUACCAGAAUUCUGCCAAUUUGAUUGUAUAAUUAAUCGACAUUAUAAUAAGUCAUUGAUCUCAAUCUAUGAACUUGAUGAAGAUAAAAUUAAUAUCCGACGUUUAUCAAGCUCAAAUCUCUGGACUAAAUAUGGUCAAUUCACUCGAGAUGAGACAAUGUCCACUUCUCUGAUUGAGGCUGAUCAUAUCGUCGAUAUAAUUUAUGAUUCUGGAAGAAAAGGUAUUCGAGUUGAUUUGAUUGGAAAGAAAUUCAAAUAUCUUGAAAUGUUUGGUGGUGACAAUUCGUAUUAUGGUCAAGCUUACAAAUAUUUCGUUCAUGAUAUCCGUUGGGUUUACACUUAUAAUAAGAUCAAAAAAACGGAAACACAUCAUCGCAACUCUGGCAGUAAUGUUUUCAACUUCAAACGAUUGGAAGUUAUUUCUCUGGGUGAUCACUUGACGGGAAUUUGCUAUGGAAAUGAAGAUCCCGAUGAUUCUGUUGGGUUUAAUGGAUGUCUUGGGUCUGAUGACUCUGAUGAUGGUGGCGGAUUGAAUAAAUCACAUGAUCAGUAUUAUUAUAGUUCAUCUCUUGAUUAUCGAAAAUUGUCUUCAUGUACUCUAAAAGGACCAUUUCGACUUCGUUCACUUAUACUUUCGAGACUUGGUCCCUAUUGGGACAAGGUUUGGUACUUUUUAACGAAACGUGAGUUUUGUAAACACAUUCAUAGCUACUUGCAUGUACUUGACUUCUCGUUUCUGAAAGAUUUCAUCGGAAGCGAUUCUCUGGACCACAUUGAGCUGAUUUCUCAUGACAAUACAAUGCUAAUUUGUAACAAGGAAACGAAAAUGAUUUAUUCUUACAACGAUAAAAUUGACCAUUGGCAAUUGCUGUCAAAAAUUGAAUCUCCCGAAAAGAUGAUUACAAUUGCAUCGAUUUGUCUGCCGUUUGAUUGUGAACAAUAACUAAUUGUCACCCAAUUUAAUACAUUGAUGUUUAAUCACUUGAAACAAUUAAUUUUGAUUGACUUUUCUGAAUGAAAGCGAUAAUUUCACCUUAAGAUUUCAAUUGUCACUUGAAUAUUUUUUGUGUUUAAUCACUUAAAA